AUAAGGUCAAGUAUGAUAAUGAUGAUGAUGAUGAUGAUAUUAAGGUCAAGUAUGAUUAUGAUGAUGAUGUUGAUAUUAAGGUUAAGUUUGAUAAUGAUGAUGAUGAUAAUGAUAUUAAGGUCAAGUAUUAUGAUGGUUAUGAUGAUAAUGAUGAUAUUAAGGUCAGGUAUGAUGGUGAUGAUGAUGAUGUUAUUAAGGUCAAGUAUGAUGAUGAUGAUGAUGAUGAUGGUAUUAAGGUCAAGUAUGAUGAUGAUGAUGAUGAUGAUGUUAUUAAGGUCAAGUAUGAUAAUGAUUAUGAUGAUAUUAAGGUCAAGUAUUAUGAUGAUGAUAUUAAGGUCAGAUAUGAUGAUGAUGAUGAUAUUAAGGUCAGGUAUGAUAAUGAUGAUGAUGAUGAUAUUAAGCUACCUCUAGGAGCUUAG